UUCAACAAAAAUGCGCAGCCGGAGUGUAAGCCGUUCGAGUCCAGCUUCAGUGAGGACUGUCCACCAGUGGACUGGUGCAUCGGGUGCACGGUGUGUGACUGUAACGCAGAUGGGCGGUGGAACUGCCAUGUCCUGAGCUUUUGUCCUGAUGAGAAAAAGCAAAAAAAGAAGAAAAAAAGCGCGAGAAAAAGUAUGACUAAAAAACCCGUAGAAACACCAAAACCGUCGACAACAAAGAUAAUUGAAAAGCCGAAACCUAAGCCUGUAAAAAAGAAUAAACCCCCGAUUAAACCGAAGAAUAAAGCACCACCAGUGAUGAAACGUGGCGGCAAUAAUAAAACCCAACCACAAAGACGUAUCAUUAGAAAGCCUUUACCACGCAAAAUGAACUUAACCACCGCACCAGUGAAAAGAAGGACUCCAAUCAGAUAUAAAAGAAUUUCACCAGGUAAGGCUGCUGCAGCAAAGACAAUCAUAAAGAAAAACGUAGUGACACAUAAACCAAUAGAAAUCAAAACAACUAAACACAAUUUGGAAAUGAUACUAGCGCAAAGACUAAUGCAAAAGGUCAUGGGGAAAUUGAGGAAAUCAGUCGCUGCUGAAUUAAAGAAUAUGUCUGCGAUAGCGAUAGAUAUGGCUAAACGGGAACAGAUGAAAAAUCUGAAAAAAGCUACUGCUAAGCAGAGUGGGAAACUAAAUCAAGCGAAAAAGAAUACAAAGAAAAACCCAGUGAACAAACCGAUGUACAAACCUGGUAAACCGACCAAAACAACUAGGAACUAUAUCAGAAACAAACGAGAACUGAACUCUGUAGCAAUUUCUGUGAUACCUAUUAAUUCCACCAAAGAAUAUUUUAUGGCGGUACCAAAUGUCACAGUAGCACUUCCAGUCACACGAAUGCCGAGUAACUUGGUGGUUCCUGAUAAUGAUAACAGUUUAAAUAUUGUUGAAAGCAGUACACUUCCUGAAAAUGAAUAUUAUAAAUAUUUCGUGGGCAACGAAGACCAUAAAAUAAAAGGAAAUGUAACACUAUGGGACACUGGGACCACACUCGUUAAUAUAACGGAAACUGUAUUCGACCUCAUUGGUGCACCAUUGACAUCUUAUGCAUCUACUGAAAAAGGUUUCAUAAUGAGCAAUAACACAAGAACGAUAACAAAUUUUACAGAAAUGAAUCCUGAAAUGAACGACUUGAAACAUUCGAAAUGGGCGCAUUUGAAAAUACUAAAAGAGAAAAAAAUUAAUGCUUUAUCUGAUAGACAUAAGAGCAUUGUAAAACUAAUCGCACACAAUAGCCGAAAUAGAAAAAUCAAUAACCGUAAAUAUAAUAUAGUUAAGGUCGUUCAUCGUACCUCUUGUAUGCUCAAAAGCUGUCUGAGUAUGAAUACUACUAAUUCAACAGCUCACAAGAACAGCACCGAAGAUUUAAAAUACCUUCUCAAAAAAAUUAUGAAAGAUUUCAAUAAAACUCAUGUAAACGCCACAGAGUCAACGAGAAAGAAAAAGAGGAAAUUCAGUGUUCUAAGAUAUUUGAAGAAAAUAUUCAAUAAAUUAUUUAAACGUGACAAACCGGACCGUUUGAGUAAACACCACCUUGUAGAAACUUUGUGUGAAAAUUUCGGUCCAUGUAGAGUAAGCAAGCGGGACAGGCUUAAACUGAGUGGUAAACUUGGAGAGCUAGAUCGUGAAACAAUUCAAAUUCUAAAAUCUGUCAAAAUUAUUAAAGGUUUACUAAAAUUAGUUGAAUUACCUAAAAGUGCAGAUGCUGAUGUUUCAAAACAAGAAAAUUUAAAUGAUGACGUAAUAAAACUGAAUAACAUACUGAAAGGAAACUUCUCUUUUAACUUAACAGAUACUCAGACAACACAAGUAGAGUAUAUAAAGAAAAACACAGAAGAGUUCAUAGCAUCUGUUCGCAAAUUCGCAAAGUUACUAAAUGAGAUAAUAUCAAUACUGAAUAAACAUGAUGUCAAAGUUCACAAGAAAUUUGAUUUAAUUUUGACACAUAAAAGUAAUCCGAAACAAAACCCAUUUCAAAGUCUUAGAAAUCUUCUUAUAAAAUACAAUUUAGUUCAAAACUCGUUUAUGAAACAGAUGUACGAGCAGCUGAAUAACUUUGAGAGUAACAUUCAUAAGAAUCCGAAGGUGAGUGCAGUUACGGGUGUCAAUAAUAGCGUAGAAAUAGAAAACUUUUCAAGAAAUAUCAUUCAAAAUCUCAGGAAACUGAAGCGCCUGGCUCAAACCGUGAGCUCUAAUGGGAGGACCAAGAGGGAACUCUCGAGAGAUGAUGACGCUAUAGAGUAUCUGUUGAUGUUAAUGGAGUACUUGAUCAAGCAGAACCAUCCGUUGGACGCUGCACCAGUAAAUGAUGGAAUAGAUUUAUUAAUAGAAGCAAUAAAAAAUGCGCCAGACAUUAAGCCCAUCAAGAAAAAAGUGCUAGAGUAUACACCCGCCACUUAUUAUGAAACCACGACAUAUCCUACUACUGUACCUAUUAUGACUGAAAAUACCUUUACUGAAGACGACAAUCCUUCUGAUGCUGAAAAGUCUUCCAGUGAAGAUACCCGUAAAAUGAAACUAGAAGAAGCCGAAGUUAAAUUAGACGAUAACAAGGAAUUCGUUGAUAUGGUUGCAGAUGAUGAUAAAGAUCCGGAAUAUAAUCAUUAUGAUCGUCGAGCUGGCAGUAUGAAAAUUGACGAAGUUACUGAAAUGUCUUAUUUUAACAGACUUGAGCAAAAUAUUGCAGAACCAGAGAAUUUUAUAGGAACAACAACACCUAUAUCAAUGGAGAUGGAUAGCGAGAAACAGGAUAGUCAAGAUGACGUUAAUAUGGAAAAGACACUUACUAUAGAGCAAAAUAAUUUAGAUAAAUCAGUUGUAGCUGAAUCUAGAGCCAAACCUAAAGCUAGAGCUAGAGCUGGAGUCGAAACUGUUGAAGCUGAUGCUGGGGCUGGAGUUGAAAUGGAUGUUGAAAGAGCAGCUGAAGCUGCAGUUGCUGCUGAAGUUGGGCGUGAAGGUAGAGUUAUAACUGCAUCUGAAGCUAGAGUUGCCGAUAUCAGUGACACGAACGAAAAGAAGUUUGAAGUGUUUGCAGGAGACAUGGAUGAAGAAUCUUCUACUGCAGCUCCAAUUACAAAAUCUGAACCAUCAACUACUGUGACCACUGAAUUUUAUUCAACUCAAACUGUAAGAUCCAGAACUAAAAUGAGGCAUCUAAACUUAGAGUCGUAUGAUAGCGAAAGUCUUGAUAAAAAAUCCAAAUUAGAAUGGAUUGAAGAAAACUUUGGGAGAGACGUUCCAAAAGAUUUUACAGCUUUUGACGAAAAUGUUAAUGCAACAGCUGCAACAAUUAAACCUAUGACAAUUAAAUCAAUAGAAGCACAAGUUACUGACAAGUUAGACGUUAGUAAUUUAACCAAAGAAGUGGCUGAGGAAGCAGAAAAGAACAAGAAGAAGACAGAAAAACUGAAUGCAGAGGAUGUAAUGCUAAGGAAGCAGAUGGAUUUAUUGAAUUCUCUUGAUUACGGCACUGAGAAAGGAGAACUAUUUGAAUCAGAUUCGAAGGAUCCUAACGUAGAAGACAGAUACUCAGGCGAUACGUUUCAAUCGUAUUUUAUUUAGAUAAUAGUUAGUGUUACUGGUUAAUUGUAGAAAAUGUUUUGUAGGAACACAGUAACGAAUGAAGUUGUCAAUACUGUUUGAGAAUAUUGAAUCUCAUUCAGAGAGAAUGAACAGAUCUUUAAAGCAAUUGGAAUAAUGACUGUUAAUUAUAAUUUAGGAUGCAUCUGACUCACUACAAACAUUUUUUAACGUAGUAAAAAUGGUUUUCUUAUGUCGUUUGGAAUAUAGGAAUUUCUCGCGUAUGAGUGACUUGUUGUU